AUGGAGGUCCCAAGCCCCCUUAAGAUGUACGGCCUGUACUUAGAAGCCGUGAACGAUUACAUCAACGAAUCCUACGGAGAGGACGUAUGGAGGCUGAUCGAGGCGCGAGCGGAAAUCCCCCACCUCAAGUUUGUCCGGCACCAGAUGUACAACGACAAUCUGAUAUUGCGGUUGGCCAAGGCAGCUGGAGAGGUGCUGGGGAAGACUCAUGAUGAGCUCAUGUACGCCUUCGGGGUCUACAUGGUCAAAAGGAUCGGUAACUAUGGCUACGAGAGGAUUCUAAAGGUGCUGGGACGCAACGUGCGCGACUUCAUCAAUGAGCUGGACAACCUCCACGAGUACUUCCGCUUCUCCUUCCCCAAGGUGCAGCCGCCCAGCUUCUGCGUGGAGGAGGAGUGUGAGACCAGUCUCACACUCCACUAUCGCAGCACCCGCAAGGGCUUCACUCAGUUCGUCAAAGGCCAGCUCUCUCAGGUGGGCCGGCAGUUCUACAACACUGACAUCGAGGUGGAGAUCCUUUCCAAGGAGGAGACGGAGAAGAUGACAUACGUAGUGUACAAGAUGAACUUCGACAACGCAGCCUUCAAGCACCGCAUGCCCCAGCAGAAGACGGCGCCGGGCUACGAGAAGCUGCCAAUGAAGCGCGGCAUCUUCUUCGACAUGUUCCCAUUCAGUGUCAUCUUCCGCCGCGACAUGACAAUGUACCGCAUCGGAGACGGCCUCAAGGAGGUCUUCUCUGACCUCCAGGGCAAGAAGGUCAACGAGGAGUUCACACUGGUCCGGCCCAUGCUGGAGUUCAGCUGGGACAAUAUCUACUUCCAUCUGAACAACGUGUUUGAGCUCAUGUCCAAGGCAGUGGUGGAGAUGGAGGAGAUGAAGGGGAGCGACCAGGAGUACAGCAGUGCCCUGACCCAGUACAACAGCUCUGCCAACUCCGGGGGAGAGGACAUCGAACUGCUGGCUUUCCAGACAGUCACUGGGAAGUGCAGCGAAACCAUCUUCGAGGACCUGCGAGAGCCCCCGAAGAAGCCCCUUCACCUGAAGGGCCAGAUGAAGUACGUCCCCCAGUGGGACUCCCUCAUCUUCCUGGGAACACCCAUUAUCGAGACGGUGGAGGACAUGAUCAAGAUGGGGGUGUACGUCAACGACCUGAACCUCCACGACUCCAGCAGGGAGCUGAUCCUGGCCGGCACCCAGCAAUCGGCCGAGCUACAGCUGGCCCUGGAUCAGGAGCAACAGAAGUACGCCCAGCUGCAGGAGAUCAUCAAGAAGCUGGACGAGGAGAAGAAGAGAGGCGACUCCUUACUGUACGCUAUGAUCCCAAAAGCAGUGGCCGACCGUCUGAGGAAGGGCAUCACGGCGCUGGAGACCUGCCAGGUGUUCCCAGACGUCACCAUCCUGUUCAGCGAUGUGGUGAAAUUCAAUGAGAUCUGCAUUCAUAUCACGCCGAUGCAGGUGGUGGACAUGCUCAACGAAAUCUACAUCGUGUUCGACACACUCAGCGAGAAACACAACGUGUACAAGGUGGAGACCAUCCGUGAUGCCUACAUGGUGGUGGCGGGUGUGCCCAACAAGACCACCUUCCACGCCCACCACAUCUGCGACAUGGCCCUGGACAUGCUGAGCUCCAUUGACCACCUCAAGGACCCCUCCACGGGGGACAACAUCCAGAUCCGAGUCGGGAUCCACUCGGGCAUGGUGGUGGCCGGCGUGGUGGGGCUGAAGAUGCCUCGCUACUGUCUGUUCGGAGACACGGUCAACACCGCCUCCAGGAUGGAGAGCAACGGAGUAGGUAUGCAGAUCCACAUUAGCCAGACCACCAAAGACCACCUGGAACACGAGCCCUACAUCAUCGAGGAGAGGGGCAAGAUAUUUGUAAAGGGUAAAGGCUACAUGAAGACCUACUGGCUGAAGGGGAAGGAGGACCUGUCAUUCAAGACCCCGGCCGAACUGCGCUACAGCAGCGAGCAGAAGGACUCGGAGGACCGCAGCUCCAAGGGCUCCACCUGCACCGACGCCAAGCGCUCCACCUCCAACCUUCACAUCCGCACGGAGGAGCAGGCGGAGGGUAAGCCGACGCCCAGCGACCUGCCGCUGGACGCCAUGCACCCACCGGAGGGCGCUAGCGAGCACCCCGGCCUCUCAGAGGACCUCCCGGAGCGAGAAAAGGCCAAAAAGACUAAGAUCAGCAAGAUGAGCCGGCUGGAGGUUCCCCCGGCCAAUCCCGUGCCGGAGCUGGCCGUCCCCGACGAAGCGCCGGAGAUCCCUGCGGGCCCCUUGCUCAACCACAAGAGGUACAGCUUCAGGCAGCAGUACGUCAAGCUGCCCUCCAGCCUGCCCAUGCGCAGCGCCUCCUGCUGUCUGCUGUGA